AUGACCGAGGAUGAAACGGAUAAGCAAUAUUUAUCGCACAACGAGCACACCAAUGCCGAUCCCGAGCUUCUCUCCAAACACACAGAGGCCUUGCAAGCUCUGUGCGCAUUGUUGCCGCCGAUAUCUGACCUUCACGAUAUUUUGCUCAAUCAAAGCCGAUGGUGGGAAUAUUGGCGUGAUGCCUUCGGUCUCUCCUGGGGCGAAGAAACAGAUCAAAGUUUCGAAGAUUUUGCCAUUCGUGCUUUUCGCUCUGGAGAUCCCUGUUUGCUCGGGAGUCUCCUUGUAUGCUUGGCACUUGGUGUCGGUAUCUUUGAGCAAAAAUAUCUGUCAGCAGUGGAGCGAUGGAUUUUAUAUGAUGAUGACCUCGCCGGUUGCGAAAAUGGACUUGAAUGUCUGAUGAGAUUGGGGCUGUGUUACUUCAGCGCAAUGCAACACCACCGUGCAUGGUCUGUUUAUCGACGAGCGAAUACCCUUCUUCAGUUGCAGGGCAUUCAUCGAGCCCACAGAGAAUCGAACAAACUCGACGGAAUCUUUUGGCAGCUAUUUCACGCCGAUCGAUGGCUAAGUUUGACGAUUGGUCUUCCUUACUCCGUGCCAAAUGGUCUCUGUGAUCUCUACAUUCCUCCGGUGGAUUCUGUACCCUUCAGUACAUUUCAUCACCGCCAUCUUGCCAUCUUAACCAGUCGGGUCAUUGACUGCAUACAAGCUACUACUCAGCCUUCUCUGUCCACUAUCUCUGCAAUCGAUGAGCAGAUUGAUGCUGUGGCCGCCCAUCUCCCACCGCACUACCUAGAUAUUACUCACGUAUCUAAUCUGCAAGAUACUAAAGAGAAGUAUACCCGAAUUUACCGGCUGACGCAAGUACACCAGCUUAAAGCCUACUUGCAUUUGCCUCUCUUCCUUCAACGCUUAGAUUUACCCAAGCGUAGGUAUGGUCGGGAAGUAUGUGCAAAUAGCUCCCGAUUGUACUUGGAAGCGUUCUUGUUACUCUGCGGUGAUGAUCCUCAGAGAGCUAGUACAGAUAAUAGCGUCAAGCUUACAGGAUUCUCGGCGUUCACUGCAGCAGUGACACUGUUUCUUGCUAUUCUCGACAACAAACGGGGCACGACCAAAGACCCAAUCACUCCCUCGGAGGACAAUGAAUAUGACGAAACUUUGAUCAAGAAAACAAUGGAAACAUUGCAAAUUUGUUCAGCAGGCAAUGUGGACUCAUUAUGUGGUCGUUGCCUUACAGCAUUGAAUGGAUUGGUUUCAGUCUGCCAGGAGACUGGGUACGGUACUGUUCACAAGGUUAAUUUGCCAUAUUUCGGCGUUCUAUCUAUCAUGGCUAAGGCGAGCGGUCACUUGAGUAUCUCCGGGGAUUCCUCGCUAAGGGAGCAAUCAUCUGCUGGCUUUCCUGAUACAGUGGAUGACAUAUUCUGGAGCUACGAGGGUCCACUGGCGAGUUACGACCUUCUAUCUCCAGACCAGUUCUCCUCACUUUUGGAAGGUAUUUGA